AUGGUGUGUGCCUGCCUUGUCACAGUGUUACUUGUUCUCUAUGUACUAUUUGACGUAAAUUAUUUCCUAAGGAUCUUGUUUACGUUAGGCUCGGGCAGGCUGUUACAAAAGAGAAAGAAGAUUUUCGACACCACAGUCAUCUAUGGUAUAUGCACUACGCAAGAUGUGGAUCUAUUUCUAAAACAUAUGAACAAUGCCAGAUAUCUCCGGGAACUGGACUUUGCGCGUUUCCAUUAUUAUGAUCUCUCUGGAAUUUACGCGGCAGCUUCAAAAAGAGGUGGGGGCGCAGUACAAGGUGCUUCGUUGACUCGAUAUCGCCGACCUAUUCCUAUUUUCACACCGUACAAAAUUACUACGAAGUUAAUAUACUGGGAAGACAAGCACUUUUAUCUGGAGCAUGAAUUCAUUAGUUUGACGGACAACUUCGUACGUGCUGUUGUCCUUAGCAGACAAACUGUCACAAAUUUGAAGAGCCCAGUCUCGGAACUAAUCGCUGAACUGGAGCCAAACGCGCAACGACCUGCCAUAACCAAGGAGUUAGAAUUAUGGAUCGCUUCUAUGGAGGAGUCUUCUCAAAGAUAUAAGAAGCAUAAUUGA